CUCUCCUUAAUUCUCUAUUUCUCUCUGCCUCUCUCUGCCUGUUUUAUGAUGAGAUCCCAAGGCAGCCCUUUAGACCUCAACAACUUACCAGAAGAUUAUAUCAGAGAUCGCAAACAGAUUAUCGAAGAUACCUCUACUGGUCAUCGGAAAAAGAAAAGUGGAGGGAAGGAGGGAAAUGAGGAGUCCGGAAAGGUGUAUGAAUGCAGGUUUUGUUCUCUCAAGUUCUGCAAAUCCCAGGCUCUUGGUGGCCACAUGAACCGCCACCGCCAAGAGAGAGAGACAGAGACACUGAAUCGAGCUCGUCAGCUUGUUUUCAGUAACGAUAAUCUGGCUGUCCAAUCUCCUCCUCCUCAUUUAGGGUGCUGCCACUCAAUGGCACCGGGCAGCUACCACACAGCUGGCAGCGGCGGCGUAGGAAGUGAUCCAACGUUGUCUCUCAGAUUCCCAACAAGAAUGUUCCCAGGCUCGUCCCCAACUACCCUUCUGCCGCCGACCCCGUCACCACCGCCUCCUCCGCCACCUCACCAGCCAUAUCUAUACAGCUCCCCCUCGCGGCCAUCCAGUUUCCCUUCAUACUAUCCUCCACCGCAAGCCUCCAUCAACGACUACUAUGUGGGUCACGUCUUAGGGAACCCCGCACAAUGCAGCCACCAGACCAUGAACUACGGGUCGACGAGCAGCUCCAUGGAGUCGAGUAGCUACACUUGCAUCGGAGCUCCGGUGGGUCCAGCAGCGACGUUCGGCGGACGGGAGAGCGGUGGUGGAAGAGACGGAUCACAGCAGCAGCGUUUGGACGUUCCUUCUUCGAUCAAUCGGUUUCAAGAUGGGUUCUAAAAAGAAGAUUAGAUUUUUUU